GACAACGACCGACUUCGACUUGGUCAUCAUGGUUAGAUGGCUCGCAAGGCUUACCAGUGCGCUAGUGGUGCUGUUCGCCGUGGCACAAGCUGAAUCGGAACGCCAGCUCGAGACGGGCAAGAAAGUGGUGUGCUAUGUCGGAACGUGGGCCGUUUAUCGGCCAGGGAACGGUCGUUUCGAUAUCGAGCACAUCGAUCCCAGCCUGUGCACGCAUCUGAUGUACGGAUUUUUUGGCAUCAACGAAGACGCAACGGUACGCCUGAUCGAUCCGUAUCUGGACCUGGAGGAUAACUGGGGCCGUGGGCACAUCAAGCGGUUCGUGGGGCUCAAGAAUGUGGUGCCGGGGCUGAAGACGCUCGCCGCCAUCGGUGGUUGGAACGAGGGAUCGCGCAAGUUCUCGAAGAUGGCCGCCAGUCCGGAGCUGCGGAAGCGGUUCACCGACGAUUCCAUUGCGUUCUGCCAGCGACACGGCUUUGAUGGGAUCGACCUGGAUUGGGAAUACCCGGCGCAGCGUGACGGCAACCCGCUGAUCGAUCGCGCCAACCACGCCCAGCUGGUGGAGGAGAUGCGAGAAGCUUUCGAUCGGCACGGACUGCUCCUGACGGCGGCCGUCGCUUCGGUGGAGUUUUCGGCCGGACUGUCCUACGACAUCCCGCGGAUAGCGAGGAGCUUCCACUUUCUCAACGUGAUGGUGUACGAUAUGCACGGCGCUUGGGAAAAUCACAGCGGGAUCAAUGCUCCGCUUUACGCGGGUCUCGCUGACCAGACGGCAACCGAUCGGCAGCUGAACGUUCACGCCGCUAUCCAGUUCUGGUUGGACCAGGGUGCACCACCGGAGAAGCUGAUCCUCGGUAUUCCGCUGUAUGGGCGCAGCUUCACCCUGGCCAAUGCGGCCAACUCGGAGAUCGGAGCCGCCGUCGUCGGAGGUGGUGCGGCCGGUCCUUACACGCGCGAACCCGGAGUGAUGGGUUAUAACGAGUUCUGCGAGAGACUGCGCACCGAAUCAUGGGACUUGCGCUGGAGCGCACAGCAGCAGGCGCCUUACGCCGUGCGCAACAACCAGUGGCUCGGUUAUGACGACCUCCGAUCGGUGCAGUUGAAGGUCCAGUAUUUGCUCGAUCUCGGACUGGGCGGUGCAAUGGUGUGGUCACUGGAAACGGAUGACUUCCGGGGUGUGUGCGGUGGCGGUCAGUAUCCGUUGAUGCAUGAGAUUCGUUCACUCCUGAACGGUGGCAAACCGAGCGAACCGACGACUCUGCCGCCAACAGUACCUCCGACAGGGGAAACGGGUACCGCAGGCACGACAUCAACCACCGUGGCCGGUGGUGGUUCCGCGAGUGGACCGUGUGCCGAUGGCAAGGUGGGCUUCGUGCCACAUCCGGCCGACUGCAGCAAGUACUACAUGUGUUUGAACGCACAAACGGCUUUCGAGUUUAGUUGCCCCGCGGGAACACUGUUCGAUCCGAAGCUGAACGUGUGCAAUUGGGCCGAUAAGGUUAAUUGCAAGGUGAAAUGACUGGCACAGGCUUAGAAAAGUGAUUCUUAUUUUACAACUUAUUUAUGUACAAAACAAAUAUAAAAGAAAAGAAAAUACAACAA